UCACUUCAACCAGUCAGGAAGGCAAGCAGGAAAGGAAUCCUGGUGGGGGGGAUUUGAAACAUCAUGUGGAAUUUUCUGUGGAAAAUGCUUUCUUUCCCUGUUUUUUUCGGGAUUGUUCAUCUUCGUGGUCUGGUCAGACAGGAAGAUGUAUAUAAACCCUCCCCACCAACAAUUCACAAAUCCCCAGCACCACAGUCCAAUUCAGAUGGUCAAACCAUUGCCAUUACUUGCAAAGGCAACAUUCACUCCAAUGAAAGUACUUACUACCUGUACAACAGUCGCCAUCAAAAUUAUACACAGUUGCUUCACCUAACUGGAGAUGAAAAGACCGCGACAUUCGUAAUCAAGAUGGGAACUGACUCCAUUGGAAAUUACAGUUGCAAUUAUAAAACAAAGGUUUUAGGAAAUUGGGUGUAUUCCCCGUUUAGUAAACACAUUUCCAUUACUCAAGAAGACGAGUGGCAACGCAAAGCAGAACAAGACGCUCAAAAGAAGUUAUGCCUAUAUGUUGACCUGACAUGUGGUGCUUUGCUUAUCGUUUUAAUCAUUGUGACGCUAACAUCUUUCUUCAUCGUCAACAAAGCAACACAAGGCAAAAGACAUAAUAUUGAGAGAAAGAGCAUCACAGCCGAUGGAAUUACAAAGUUGGAAGAACACGAUGCAACGUAUAUAAACGUCGCUUUCCAAGCAGAAUGAAUG